UUCAGUUUUUGACAGUCAGCCGAUAGAAGUGCGUUGUGCAGCCACUGCCGUGGACAGUUUUCCCCGCUUUUCCCACCCGUCCCCGGGCUGGCUAGUGCGACGUGGAAAGACAUCAAAGAGUUUCCCUGUGCUUGCGGAACAACAAGAGCUCAUCUCGCUGCAGCAAUCUGUAGAGCUCGAAAAAGAAACGGGAGUAGAAGAGCGCAAGUGAGAGCGGAAGGCGCGGUGAGAAGGUGUGAGUUUUUUUUUAUUUUUUGCUGGGCAAUGGGUUUGAAAGGUAGAGAGAAAAAACAAGAGGGAAGACGAGGGUGUAGUGAGAAAGGGUUCUUUUUUAUCUCGCUGCCUGGUCAGUGCGCGAGCAUUGUUCGCCUGCGUGGAGCGAGCGAGCGCGCGUACCUGCGUGUAUUGGUGUGCACACGGGGCGAGCUGUCUCACGCACACACACACGCACACACGUUUCUAACGCGCGUUGUGAGGGUCUCGAAGGGAGAUUCGCUCGAACCGUCGAGAGCGUGAGCGAGCGUCGCCAUAUUGUUCGUGAGCGUAGUGCGAGUAGGUCGAUUUUUCCGUAGAGCUACCUGCGGACGGGCGCGCGCGUUACCGUCACAGGCGGAUGGUGUGUGUGUGUGGAAAUUGAAUUGAGUUGAGUGGCUGUUCUGUUGGUGGUGUGAAAACGAGCCGAAUUUGAAGUGGAAAACUUACCUACUUGCCUCUUGUCACACACACCCCCCCCUUAUUGCUAGGUGGAGAGUGGAGCAAGUGUGGUGCAAGUGUGUGUGUGCGUAGUGGAAAGAAAAACGCGUUAUUUUCGGUUCCGCGAGGAGCAGAAUACUCGCCGUCGCAGCUAAAAAUCGUGAGUGAGUGAGAGCGGGCAGUGCGAAUUGUGAGCAAUAGCAAUAACAAAAAGUGCAAUAAAAGAAGAAGAAGAAGAGGCAGAGAAAAGGAAAAACAAAAUCACAGUGUGCGGAAAUUUUGUUUGAGAUUGCUCCCCCCGCGGUGGCGUGAGAGAUAGUUGUGUCGCUCUGCGUGUGUGUGUGUGUUAGUAGUGUGUGCUGAGAGGAAGGCAUUUGAUUAGAGAAGCGCAGCAAAAAGUCAACAACACAAACGGGAGCCUGAAUGACGAUGUCGCUCCCGAUUAACUCGCUGUACAGCCUGACCUGGGGCGACUACGGCACCUCGCUGGUGUCCGCAGUUCAGCUGCUCCGGUGCCAUGGCGACCUGGUGGACGUCACACUGGCCGCCGGUGGCCGGAGCUUCCCCGCGCACAAGAUCGUCCUGUGUGCCGCCAGCCCGUUCCUGCUCGAUCUGCUGAAGAACACACCGUGCAAGCAUCCCGUCGUAAUGUUGGCCGGCGUCAACGCGAACGAUCUGGAGGCGCUGCUGGAGUUCGUGUACCGGGGCGAGGUCAGUGUGGACCAUUCGCAGCUGCCGUCGCUGCUGCAGGCCGCCCACUGUCUCAACAUCCAGGGCCUGGCGCCCCAGACGGUGUCGCACAAGGACGACAACACGACGUACACCACGUCGAUCCAGCUGCACCCGACGCUCGUGCCCCAGAACCACGUCAAGGCGGUGAUCGACGUGGGCAACAAUGUUUGCACAACUGAAGAACUGAUCACGACACUCGGACCCACCCAAACCGUGCAGGCGCAGGUUAUCGAAACCAUCACACCGGACCAGAUGUCGGACGAGGUGACGAAGGACGUGAUUAGCCAGUUUCUGCCGACCCGCAAGCGCAAGCAGCGCACCAAGAAAACGGCCAACCAGGGACAGGCGGGCGCUGCGGCGAACAGUGCCGGCGGCACCCAGGCAGCCAAGGUAAUGAAAACGACCGACGAGGACGGCACCACGAUUCAGGUGAUUGUGAACAACCCGGACGAAGCGACCCCGGCCACCCCGAAGGACAUCAAGAAGGAAACGAACGCGGACGGCACACCGGUGGACACGAAGGAAGGCAUCAUCAAAAUCAAGAGCAAAUCGCAAUCGGAACAACCGGCAACCUGCCCGAUCUGUCAGGCCGUUAUUAGACAGUCGCGAAACCUGCGCCGGCAUCUGGAGCUGAGACAUUUCAAGAAACCGGGCGUAAAGAAGGAGCGCGUACGGAAGAGCAAGAAAGGACAAGCUGCAAACGCAAACCAGGCAAACGGAGGCAACGGCACAAACCCAGGCAACGGUACGGUAGUCGCGGGCGAUCAGGUCGGACAGCAAGCGCAGCAGGUCGUACAGCAGCAGGCCCAACAGCAGCAGGUACAGCAGCAGGCCCAACAGCAGACAACGAUCGACUCGACCGGCACGAUAUCCGUCACCGUUUCCCAGGCCCAGGCACAGCAGAUCGAGCAGGCAGCCGCCAACGGACAGCAGCACGUGGUCACGCAGCACGAAAACGCGGACGGCACCACCUCGCUCUCGAUCGCACAGGUACAAACGCUCGAUGGCCACCAGCUCGCAAUUGGAAAUCUCAAUCAGGCCACACUGAUCCGAACCGGCGAACCGAUCGAAACGGGCAUCAUUGCAACGCACGAGCCGACGCUACGUCCCCACACGGAGCUGUUCCGCGUCGGCAACACCGUCUACACGAUAGAGGAACGUCGGACGGACACCACCAAUCGCCUGACUUAGAACGAUGCGGACGUCGACAACGGGGAGGGCGACGUUUAUGAGAUAGUGGAGGGUGUCGAUUACGAUUGCAUCAUCGACAGCGGUGUCGACGUCGAAAUAGAGGAGGAAACGGGCGAGAUGGUGGAACAACAACAGCAGCAGCAGCAUCACCAGCAGCAACAACAACAACAGCACGGUUCCAACAACAGCGUUGUUGGACCGAUCGUGUUGCACGAGGAUGAUGUUGGUGGCGAUGGCGGUGUUGGUGGUGGUGGUUGUGGUGUUGGCAGUGGUGGUGUUGUAAACCACGUGGAAGAGGUCGAGGAGGAUGAUGAUGUGCGGGAGAUAGUGAUGGAUGCGGGUUCGGUCGUGGCCGUCCGGCAAGCCGAUGAGAUGAUGGUAGGCGCAGGGGACGUCAGUGGCGACACGACGGACGGUGUGAUCAUCGACGCGACAACGGACGAUGAGGAGGAGCUGCUACUGCACCAUCAUCAUCAUCAUCACCAUAGCCACCAUCAUCAUCAGCAGGUGUUGCAGCAUGCACUAGAGGUGGAGGAAGACGAACAUCAUCAUCAUCAGCAGCAGCAGCAUGUGGUGAACCAACAGCAACAGCACGACGAUCAUCAUCAUCAUCAUCAUCACGUGCAUCAUGUGGUGGAGGAGGAGGACGAUGUGGAGGAGCUCACCGGGGUGGUGGAGGAGCUGGAGGAGGAGGAAAUUGUACAGCAGUUCGAUGGGUCAACGGUGGUGACCGUUACGACGGCACGGGGCUCGCGAAGUGCGCACCAUCACGGCGGUGCUGGUGGCAUUAGCUUCGUGACGACCGAGUUGCCCCUGUCGUCGUCGUCCGGUCGUCGCCGGAUCGUUCGCCGGACGCUCGGCAACGUGCUGGAGGACGAUGUAGUGAUUGGUGACGCCGGCGACGGCAGCACGAUCGUGGAGGUGUCGGCUGGAGCUAGCACUAGCAAGCAAAGGCACGACGGUGGUGCAGCUAGUACUGCGGAAAGUAGUACGGGCGGAGGCACAGGUGCCGCUGGUGAGGAUGGUAGUGCGGGAGCAGUAGAAGGAGAAGCGCUCGAAGGUGCUGGUGGCGGUGGUGGUGGUGGCGGCGGCGGUGGUGGUGGAGAUCAUGCCGGUUUGCCAUCGUCCUACAAGCAUUUCUUUAUCCUCUAAAGGAGAGCACACGACAAGCACACAAUGUCGUCGAUGCUGGUGUGUUGAUGGUUGGAUGAGCAACGAGGGAAAGAGAUUGGUAGAGGUAGAAAGUGUGUUGGCAAUGUUUGUAUAGAUUUUAAUUAACUCCUCUCCGUUGUUUCGUUUCACGUCGCCCUUUUAAACGACCCGUUUAUUUUUACUUGUAACUUGUUAGAAUUUUGCUAGGCAAUAGGUUUUACUUGUGCUGGGAGGAAGGUACCUCAAAACAACUCACUCACCCUUGUAGGGAGGGAAAGAGAGAGAGGAGGUAUAUAUGUUUAUUUUUUUACAUCGAUUAUUUCAUUCUUAAUUGGAGCGUUAGGUUGUAAGCGCGCGCUGCUGAUCCGCCGCGUGUUAGAUAGUCGUCAAACAUAUACGCGCGCACAGAACAGUGCAACAACCCCGUGCCGUGUCACAAUCUGUCGCGAUCGAGCAGCACAACCGUUUCAAGUUAAUGGUAGUAUGGAUUCGAAAUUCGAAUUUCUAGCUGUUGUGCGUGCAGGGCGAACAUGAAAAAGCAAACAUGUUACAUGUGCUGUUGGCGCGCGAUCACUUCAUAAUUUCCCUUUUCGUCGGGUUUCGCGGUACAUUUUAGUCACACUUUUUCCCCCUUUUUUUGUUUUGAGGCGAAUAAUUUGCCCUUACAAACAAACAGCAGCAGCAACCAACCAAUAUUGUACAUAUAUAGAGAAGAAGUCGUAUGCCACACACCGACACAUAAAAGGCAGAAGAAAAAGCAACAUAUUAACCCCCGAUUUUUAUGACGGUGUAUAGAAAGUAACAAUCGGCAAUGCUAUAUAUUUCAAUGUAAAUCGGCAAUGCUACACUGAGAGUAUAAAGGGCGCCCGUGUGGAGUUGGUGUAAAUGAGUUUUAGUAGCGCAAAACCAAGCGCACUAAUCUUCUCACAGACCCUUAGACAAACCGGGCGCAUAUGGGCGCUGCUACGGCAUUUUUUUUUUGGAGAUUAGAAUCAAAAGCGAAGAGAAGAGGUAGAGAGUAAAGAGAAAAUGCGGGGAAAUGCGGGUGGCAUAAGGGUAGUUGAAAUGUUGUAUGGUUUCAGUUUUCCAAUUGAAGGAAUUAUCAUUUUAAAUUAAUUUUUUGCUAAAAUGUUUAGCUCAAAGUCAGUUCCGCGUUUAGCGAUCGGGGCAAAUUAAAGAUAAGAAGAGACCAGUUUUGUCAACUCUGAAUCGUAGUCUUUUCGCAUACGAUUUCGAUAAUGAGAUAGAGAGAAAGAGAGAGGUAGAAAGAUAAAAACAAACUUUUGCAAUUCGUUAUUCGAUAUUCUCGAUGUCUGCAAUGGUGUCCAACGAUGACUCUUUUAAAGCAGCAAAAUAGCAUACCAACGAUCUUGCUCUCUACUAUUAUGGAAGAGGGAUCGCUAUUACGUGCAACAAAAGGAAUAUGGGGAAAACCAAUCCAAUCCAAUGUUAGUAAAAUAAAUUCGACUUAUUGUGCAUGAGUUCGUGAUUUCGUACCGUACUACACCACCACAAUCGCUUACAUAAAAAAGGAACAAAUUUAAAAGUCAUUCGAACACAGUACGAUCAUGCCGAACACGAUCGGCGGGUAAUGUGUUAGAUCCGUUAGACCUUUUACAGGGUUUUCCGACAUUCAAUUUAGAAUGUCAAUAAUAUUUUUCAUUGCUAACGAGAUGUUUUUCAACAGCUGUCAAAUGUUGUAUUUUCAUCACAAUAAUUUACAGGGGUUUUUCAAGUAACUUUCGAAUGUGUACAUCGUUAUUCACCGCCUUCAAGAUGUUUUUCAAAUGGAUGUCAAAUGGUGUAUUUGUGUCAUAAUAAAAUUUCAGUUGUUACACAUGAUUUUCAACACUUAACAAAUAUCUGGCAAAUUCAAUGCAGUUUGAGACGUGUUGAACAUUAUGUGGACGAACUGAAACAUUAUUGUAAUGCAAUUACAACAUUUGACAGCUGUUGAAAAACAUCUUGAAGGCGGUGAAUUAUGAUGUGCACAUUAGAAAGUGACUCGCAAAACCCUGUAUCAGUUCUUCCACAUGAUUUUCAACACUUCAAAAAUAUCUGGCAAAUUCAAUGCAGUUUGAGACGUGUUGAACAUUAUGUGGACGAACUGAAACUUUAUUGUAAUGCAAUUACACCAUUUGACAGCUGUUGAAAAACAUCUUGAAGGCGGCGAAUAAUGAUGUGCACAUGGAAACCCUGUAUCAGUUCUUCCGCAUGAUGUUCAACACGUCUCAAACUGGAUUGAGUUUGACAAUUAUUUGUGAAGUGUUGAAAAUCAUGCGUUUGAAAUGAAACUUUAUUGUGAUGCAAAUGCAAUGCAUGACAGCUGUUGAAAAUCAUCGUAUAGGCGGUGAAUAAUGAUGAUGUGCACAUUCGAAUCUGAUCAGGAAAACCCUGUAUUUUCGUUCAAUGGUGUGUGUAGUAGUGUUUUGCAGGGUAAAUUUGUGUAGCAAGCCCUGGACAGUAGUGAACGUGUUUGAGUUCGCUUUAAGUGCAUUUUCUCGUCCUUACUCUGUAGCUGUUCCACGUUUGUUCCAUCUCUUCUCUUGCUCUAUUUUUUUUAACCGAUCGAUUUCAACAACCUAAAACGAAUAGCCCUCGGCCAUAUAUCUGCAUCUGUUUUUGUUUUAUUUCUAAAAAAAGGUAGCUUAACGUGUUUCCCGUGUUUUUAACAAAAAAUAAUCUAUUCUGCAAUAAAAUCGAGCUGUUGUUAUUUCCGGCACGAUACACACACAUUAAUGGUGUGUCGUUAUUUAAGUAAUCGUAUCCCCGCAUUUUAUGCCCUCUUUUGCUCUUGUGUGUACAGAUUGGUCACCGCGGAAUAGUUGAAUGAAUGUUUAAAAAAAAAGAAGGUUAAAAACGAUAGCAAAAAUGCUUUUUUAACGUUUUCGAUUUUUGUUUGUUUUGGUGCCGAAGAAUGUUCAUACAUCGAGACACAACAUAAUUAGAGAAAAAUUGCACAUAUUACAUAUGACGAUGCUAAGAAAGUGUGGAAGAGACAUACAUCGUGUAUUGUGUUUGCUAGGAAAAACAAGUAAACUUGGAACUGAACGAGCAAACUGUAAAAUAAUGCGGCUGCGAAACAGAUGAUUUAAUUUAUUAUGUCACUAUCGUUUAGGGUUUUGCGUGUUGUUACAUCAGGUAGUGAAGGCUCUUGUGCAAAAAGGCACUGCAACCGCAAGUAGGGAGAGAGAGAGAGAGGAAAGGGAAAGAAUAGAUGAUUUGGCAACAAAGCAAAGCAAAGAAUGGUAAUAAAAAAUCUUUAAAAGUGAAUUAGUGUCUCUUAAAGAACGCAGCUCUAUACAUAUAAUUAAACUACUAUUAUGCGUAGAACAAAGAAGUUGGAAAAAAAACUUGAAACAGAAUUAAGUUGGUACUUUAAAUUAACGAAGACAAAGCAAAAAAGGUGUAAAGCGUAAGAAACAGAGAAAAAAAAAACACCCACACACACAGCAUGGAAGGGAUGAGCCAGAGCAGAAUUAAACGAAUAGUAGCUAUUAUAUAUCUAUGUUUGGUGUCAUUUUAUCGCGUUUAUACAACAAAGCCCAUUGUAAUAGUAAUAAUGAAACCCCGCUCUAUUCAUCCUUCCCUCCCACGCCACCCCCCCCCCCCCCCCCCCAAACCCGUUUACUCUCUCACCAACAACCAAACUACAUUCACGCAACAAGCAAAAGAAUGUUGUGAUUCAUCUUCAUUAUUAUUAUUAUUAUGAUACACUUAACGUAAAAAAAAACGUGAAGAAAAAUUAUGAAACAUGUGAGUGAAACGUGAGUGUGUGUUUUGUCCAAAAUUUUACAAUUAGACGAAAAAAAAGAAGCUAACCAAAAUAAGAACGAAUACGAAGCAGAAGCAGCAACAGCAGCAGCAGAGUACAACUUUAGCGAAUAAUGAGCUGAGCAUCCAGGGGUAAUAAAGCAUGGCCAAUAAAAUAAGAAUGAAAAAUAAAAGGUACGAGAUAGCUCUCCCCUUUCCCCCCUCCUCCCACUCCCACCAAGACUCCCCCACAGUCAGCGGUGGAAACGAAUUGCGACAAGUUUUAGUGGUUAGUAACGGUGAAUGUGCAAUGGUGAAGCAAAUUGUAAAUGACACUAAAUUGUUGGUAUUUUUUGAUCCAUUAACCUCUCAAGAGCAAAGCAAAAUGAUGUAACAUUUUCCAUCGAUUUUACAGUGAAACAAAAAAACACUCAUCUCUAUUUCCUCUCAGCGCCAAAAGAAAGCGAUAAAAUAUAAGUUAAACACAGAAAUAGAACCUCUCUAAAAAAACAAAACAAAAAUGGUCGCACACAACAGUGAACAAAGAAAAGAAUAAUAUAAAUAAACGUGUAAAGAAACACUUACUUCGUGUAACACACACACACAAGCUUUUAAUCAUGAUAAAGCUGUAUAAAGCAACAAACUCGUAAAUGUAAACGUUUUCUUUCAUAUCUCAUUCGGGGCACUUAACGUUUUAAAAAGGAAGAGCAAAUGAAGCAAACAAAAGUAUCAAAAAUAAGGUUGAGGGCGAAGGAGAGGGACCGUGUUUUGGACAAAUCUUGUACACACAGCACAACUUCAUUGUUCCACAUAACCUAAUGAAGAGGGGGGUUGCCAUUUUGGAUGGAUACGCCGCUGUAAAAUACAAAACCAUAGCAACAAAGCACACAAGAAUAUAAAUAUGAACAAACAGAAGAUGAAAAAAACCAUUGAUAAAGCUUAUUCCACUUAUUCGAUUUCAAAAAAAAAGAAGAAAAAGAACGAAAACAAUUGUUUCCUUUUUAGAUUAACAAAACAAAAACAAGAACAAACACUAAUCACCAAACUAUUAUUGAUUGUGUAAAGAAUUGUGGGGCGAAGCGAACGAUUCCUAGUGAAAAUUUCAACCAAAAGUUUAAAUAUAAAAUAAAAAAAAUCGGGUAAAUAAUGCAAAAGAAUGAUAAACAAAAAGGGGUAGAUAAAUGUCACAUGAUGCGCGCACUCCUUUCUGAAUAUAAACACGACACGGAAAUGGGGGAAAAACAGGUGAAAAAAAAUAUGGAAAAUCUUACUGCAAUCCAUAACACAUUUACUACAAAUUAAAUUAAAAAAAAGAAAACACUACAGAAUUAUAUCUAUUAAUGAUUGAAAUUAAAGAAUCCUAAAUUAUGAAACAAAACAAAAAAACAAAAUCUUAAGUAAGCUAAAUUGAAACAGAGAACAAAAGGGUGACGAGAAGUAUCGUGAAGAGAAGAGAAGAGAGAGAGAAGACAAAGCACAGACAGAACAACAGCAAAACAAACACUGCGAAACGCGAGAACUCAAUGGCUCUACGUUGAGUGUGGUUUGUGUGUGUGUGUGUGUGUGUGGUUGACGCAAACAACGAGCAUGGUAAACCAUUAUAGAUGUGUGUGUAAAUAAAGAGAAUAAUGAUGAAUAAAAACAAACAAACUAUGUGCAGAAUGUGUAA